AUGAUUUUUGAUGAAAAUGUUGAAGGAUUUAUAGAUGAUACUUCUAAUAUUGAAUCUAAUGAGUUAUUGAAUAAAAAAAAAGAAGACCAAAAUCAUAAAUCGCCAAAUAAAUUAUCAGAUAAUAUAACUAGCACUAGUAAUGUAAAUUUUGAUUUAAAUAAAACUAUGAAGAAGAGGAAACAUGAUAAAAGUUUAAGUUCUGAUAUAAAAUUACUCCAACAAAACAUAACUAUUAGUGAUGGUAAUAGUUCUGAUCAAAAUGCCAAUAAAUCUAAUGAUAAUCAAAGUAAUGAUACAGUUUCAAUAGAUACUGAAAAUAAUUCACAAAUAAUUUCAAAUGCUGAUAAUACAACAGUUAAUCAUGAUACUCAGGAAAAUAUUGAAUUUGAAGCUUUUCAGAGUGCUAUUAAUUUACAUAGCAUAGAAAAUUCAUCAUCUACUACUGAAACCCAAGUUCCAUUAGAUAAAUCCAAAUUGAUCAAUGACAUAAUUAAUAAUGAAACAUCAUUAAAUAUUGAAAAAUGUGUUGAAAAACAGAAAAAUCUAAAGAUUGUAGAAAAUUUACACAUAGUAGUUCCAAAUAAAAGUAAAGAAAAUAAAAUUCAUUAUGUGGAGACUACGUUGUCCAAGUUUCCAAAAAAUAAAAUUAUUGAAAAAAUUAAGGAACUCAAUCCUUCCAUUAAAUUAGGUGUAUUUAAUGAAGAUGAGGAUAAUCUGAUUAAAAAGUAUUGGUUGAAAUUUCAACAGGAGUACAAAAUUUCAGAUGUUCGACCAUUUUUACCUAAUGGCUUGGACAUAGCCUUACAUAGUAGUGAAAGAUUAUCAUUUAUUCGCUAUAUAUCAGUUGAACUUCCAAAUCGAUUACUAUAUUCUGUUUAUAAUAGAUUUGUUGUUUUGUUUGAUAAAAGAAUAAUAGACAAACAAAGUUUUAGAGAAGUAGAAGACAGAUUAAUAAUGCAAGUUAACAAUUGCGUUGCUGUUAGAAACAAGUAUACAGUUCUAAAUUUGCUUUUAAAUAGAACUAAACAACAACUUAUCAGAAGAUCGAAUUUCAUAAAAUUGCAUCCUUCAUGUAAAGAACGCAUUAUUUGGAACAUUGAAAAACGGCAAGAAUUAUUUUCAAAAAUAUUAUUAGAAACAAACACCACAAAUUGGACCGAUUUAGAAAAUUUAAAAAUUAAAAAACCAACAUGGAUUAAAGUUGCUAAAAAUUUUAGUGUACCUAUUAGUGAUGAAAAAGUUAGAGUUCAAUGGAAGUUUUUAUCAACCAUGUUGUUUUGUAAACAACCCAUAUGUUAUUCAACAUUUAAAUUAAAUUUAUUAAAGUUAUUGUUGCAAAAAAAUGUUAAGUAUUGGUCAGAUAUAAAUUGGAAUGAAAUAACUAAUAAAUUGUAUCCAGGAGCUAAUAGUAAAGUCAUUUCUACUAUAUUUAAUUGGUGGAUAUGUAAGAAAGUUCCUGCAGAAAUACGAAGUAAUAUCAGAGGUACUUUAAAAUACUUGGCAACACAAAUAGAUUUUGAUGUAGAAAAACUUGAUGAAGAUAAAAUAAAUUUUUUUCCUAGGUUUAUUGUUACUGAAAAUAAUGAGUUGAAAUUAAAGGAAGAGUAUUAA